AUGAACCAAAUGAAUGUUGGUGCGAUGAACCCCGGCGUCGGUGGUCCGGUUGGUGGUGUCCCAAUGAUCAAUAAUGGUUCGAUGGCACCCCGUAAUGAUGGCAAUAUGAAUAAUCUCCCUGAGGUGAUGGUCAACAACCUUAACACGUAUAUCUACGACUACUUUUUGAAACGUGGUUACCACGACUGCGCAAGAGCACUUGUGAAAGACGAGUCGAUUAAACUCAAUACCGAACCCCCUAUCAAGACGAGUCCGGGUCAACGCCGGGAGAAUGAUGUGAACGGCGUUGAUGGUGACGCGUUGAUGACAGACGGUAAAGACGGCGACAAGCUGAAGAUCCCUGAUGACUUGCCUCGGCCCAAUCUUUCUAGUGAAGGCCAGCAGUCCUUCCUAUUGGACUGGUUCAGCCUGUUCUGGGAGUUCUUCUGGUCUCAAAGGAAGAAGGGAAACAGUGCCGAUGUGAGACAAUAUCUCCAACAUACUCAGAAUUUGAUGCGCAUUAGAGAACAGCAGCAAAAUCAAAUGUUUCGAAACCAGCAACAAAUGAUGCCAGGUCAGAUGGGGCGGCUCAACAACAUGCGUGGAAACGGGAUGAUUCCAGCAAAUUUACAAAAAACCGCUCUACAGAACAAUACUGGUGGCUUUUCGCAGCAGCAGUUCGCGCAACUUCAAAAGAAUCAGCAGAUGCAGAUGAUGCAGAUGCAACGCGAGCAUUCUGACAUUGAUAUGAACGGCCAUCGACCGCAGUCUCCGUCCUCCGCCGAAAACGCACCGUCUCCGUCGAAGCGACCCCGCCUCGAAGGUGGGCCCAUGAAUGGGCAGCAACUGGCACCCAAUGGAAGAGGUCAGGGACAGGCCAUGCCAGGUCAACCGAACCCAGCAUUAUUGAUGCAGAAUGGGCUUACGCCACGUCCAAUGAACCCGAAUCAAUUUGGUGCUUUUCAGCAAUCGGGUCCGGCUGCACAGCCAAAAUCAAUCCAGGGCAUGCCUAAUGGUUUAAUGAACCCCGGCGUGAUGCCGAAUCAAGGCGAUCUGGUACCCAUGCCAGAUGGCCAGGGUAUGUAUCCGAUGAAUAGCGACUUCUAUGGCACGAAUGGCCAAAUGGCGCAGGACUAUCAAAUGCAACUCAUGCUCCUCGAGCAGCAGAAUAAACGCCGACUCAUGAUGGCUCGUCAAGAGCAGGACAGCAUGACCCGUGGCCCCGACGGCCAGCCACUACCUGGGCAGCAGGGCCAACAACCACCGGGCCAAAUGCCACCGGGCACUUCUCCCCAGGGCAGUAGGACGGGGGCGUCGCCAAACCCCAACGAUCAAAUGAAGCGCAACACCCCCAAGAUUGCGCAGUCCGGUCUACCUGGUUCCCCGAACGCUCCCGAUGCGAUGAUGCAGGGCCGUGGAUCCCCCGGAUCGAUGAACUUCACUGGCCAAAUGCCUCCGGAAAUGGCACCUCAGUUCUUCAUGAAGAACAUGCAGGACGGUAUGCAAGGCCCCAAUGGCAUGCGGCCGCCUAAUUCCAACCCGGCGUUCAGUGGUCCUCAAAUGGGCCAAGCGAUCCCGGCUGGCGGGCCCAACCGGAUGCCAAAUGGGGGCUGGCAACCUCAGCAAGGUGGUCAACCCAUGGUACCGCAGCAGUCUCCUAUCAUCCAACAACCCCCGACGACUGGAACACCUCAAAGUGUUGGCUCGAUGCCGCCGCCUCAGGCGCCUCCGGCUGCCAACGCCGGCCGUCAACCUCCCCCAUCUCCACAGACCGGAGCUGCUGCCCCUCCAACGCCACAACAGGGUACUAAGGCUGCUCCGAAGAAGAAAGAACCCAAGGAAGCCAGAAAGCGACCAACCAAGAAGGGUGCCGCAGCAGCGGCAGCGGCAGCAGCAAACACCGCAGCUACCCCGUCCUCGGAGGCGGAGCAACCCGCGACCCCUACACCCGCGACACCGAUUACACCCCAACACCAUCAAUCAUUUAACAAAUCAGGUGCAAAUGCCACCACAGGCGCUCCACAGCAGCCGACCUCCGCUCCCGCCCAACAGACCUUGGUGCAGCCUCCGCCGCCUGAUCAGACUCAGCAGACCUUCGGUGAUCUUACCAUGCCUGAUCCCGCUACUUUCAGUCUUGAUUUCAGCGCCCUGGAGAACCCAGACAUCCUCGAGAAUUUCGACUUCGAUACAUUUCUCAACACCGAUACCGAUACAGCAGGAUUUGGAUUUGACCCAAGUAUAACCUAUCCCGACGGUGUAGAGACUGGCGCCGAGAAUGGUCUCUGA